AUGGGACUAAAGGUUAGCUUGACGGUUCAAACCGAAGACUUUAUAAAUGUACAAAUCAAAGGAUUCCAAGGUGCCAAUCAUGUUCUUUACAAGUUCACUUUGGCUGAUUUGCCAUUUCUGAACCCCUUUGAUUGGAUCUUGUUAUUUAACAUUGUUGUGAAAGACAUGAAGAAAUAUGAGCCCAUCUAUGAACACUUGAAAAGGAUGAUUAAGUGUUAUAUCCUUGAGAUUGCAAAGAUGGAUGUUGAAAUAGCUUAUGUUCUUAAAAAGAGACCAUUUUUCAAGCCGUUUGAUCUACCAGAAGACAUUCAACAUCUAAAUGGAUGA